AUGUAUGAUAUAGGCCCACGACCAGUUGGUAGCUAUGAAAAUGAAAAUUUAACUUAUAAUUUACUACAAAGUGAAGUUGAAAACAUUAUUCAGUCUAGAGAAAAUUUGAAUAAUAUUAGUUUUCUUAAUCAAAAAGUUAGUGGAUCAUUUCAAAUAAGUUUUACAAAAUGGAAUUACACUUAUAGUUAUAUAGACCUAAAAAAUAUUGUUGUAAAACUAAGCCCAAAAAAUAAUAUUGAAGAAGCAGUAUUAAUAAAUUGCCACUAUGAUUCAGUGCCUGCAGGACCUGGUGUUAGUGACAAUGGAGUUAAUUGUGCUGUUUUGAUAGAGCUUCUACGUGUUUUAGCUAAAAGUUCAGAACUGCAAAGACCUAUAAUAUUUUUAUUCAAUGGUGGAGAAGAAGUUGGCUUGAGAGCAUCACAUGGCUUUAUAACUCAACACCUUUGGUCUAAUAGUUUAAGAUUUGUCAUCAACUUAGAUAGCUGUGGAGCUGGAGGAAAAGAAAUAAUGUUUCAAACUACAACAAUGAAUUCAUAUUUAGUAGAAUUAUAUGCUAAAGCAGUACCCAAUCCAUAUGGACUAGUUAUUGGUGAAGAAAUAUUUCAGUCUGGAUUAAUACCAUCAGAUACAGAUUUUAGAAUAUUCAGAGAUUUUGGUAAUUUAUCAGGUUUGGACUUUGCCCAUUACAAAAAUGGAUAUGUUUACCAUACUAAAUUUGAUGAUUUAAACCAAAUAGAACCAGCAGUUCUACAAAAUACUGGAAAUAACUUAUUAAAACUUGUUAAAAUAUUUUCAUCUCAUAAUGUCUCAUCUAAAAUUAAGACUAAAUAUGUGUUUUUUGAUAUAUUUGGAUUGUAUAUGUUUUCCUAUACAGAGCUGUCUGGAGUGCUGGUUAAUUUUUCAAUUUCAUUACUAUCGUUUUUUUCUAUCUUUUUAUCAUUUGGAAAUAUAACAAAAGGAAUGAACCGCAAACAUUAUAGUUUACACUUUUUACUAUCUAUUUUUGUUCCUAUGGUAAUGAUAAUUCUAUCUACCUUAUUAAGUGGUUUAAUGGCUUAUAUACUAGAUGAAUUUAACAGUUCUAUGAGCUGGUACAGCAAUAAGAUUAAUUUAAGUAUUUAUUAUGCUAUUUCAUCUUUAACUUUAUUGUCAAUUCCUGCUUUAUUUACUAAAAAUCAUACAAGAAAGUCAACAGAUUGGAGUAUUUCAUUUUUUAAUGGAAUUCAAUUUUUUUGGACAAUGUUGUUAUUUAUCUCUACAAUGGUAGGGAUACGGUCUAGUUAUUUAUCAAUGAUUGUUGUACUUUUUCCUGCAGUGACAAAUUGUAUUCUAGGUAUAAUGAAUAUUCAAAAAAAACCUAUUACAUGGAUAGCAUUUUAUGCCACGUCGCUUCUCUUACCUAUCACGUACAUUUUUUAUCUGAUGCAAAUAUUUUUAUCUCUUUUUAUUCCUAUUACUGGUCGAUUUGGACCAAAUGUGAAUCCUGAUUAUAUCAUUAGCUUUGUUAUAUCACUGUCAACUUAUGCUACUAUUGGAUAUCUUUCUCCAUUAAUAAUACUAGUCAAGAAACCAUCAGCUGUUCUUUAUUGGCUUUGCGGUAUUAUUUUAUUAUCAAUGGGCGCUAUACUUUCACCAUUUGGAUUUCCAUAUUCGGAUGGUUUGAUAGUUCCAAAAAAUGAACGAUUUGAUAUUAUUUAUACACAACGUACAUUUUCAAGUUUCAAUAAAGAUACACGUUUAAAAGAUUAUGGAUAUCUAAUAAUUAAUUGGGAUCGACAUAGUCCAUACACAAUAUCAAAAUAUGUUAAAAAAAUGAGAGAUGCUAAAGAUAUAGAAUGUUCUAAAGAAUUACUAUGUGGAUUGCCUCUAGCAGAUAAAUUAUCGAUGUCUUCUAGUUGGAUUCCUACAAACAAAGAUGCUCUAUCAAUGUCACAUUUAGAAACCAAUACUACUGUUAUAUUAAAUGAUAAAAGCGGCUACAAUCGUCGAAUGGAGUUUCAUGUUAGUGGACCAGAAAGAAUUAAUAUUAUUUUAAGCCCUUAUCCUGGUGUCAAAUUAACUUUGUGGAGUUUUAGCAAUACACCUACAGUAACUACAAAAUGGGAUAAUAAUGAUGUUUACAUAAUAAAGCAUGUGAGUGGCAAUAAAAACAAAACAUUGAAUUUUUGGCUAGAACUAGAAAGCAAUUAUGGUUUUAAUGAACAAACUCUUAAUGUUACAAUUGCUUAUAACUGGGUUAUUAGAAAAGAUAUUGUGUUAGAUAAUGAGUUCAAACAAUUUGUAGACUCUUUUCCAUCAUGGGCUCAUGUAAACUAUGCUGUUGCUAAGGUGGAUGCAUUUACAUAUUAA